UAGUAAUAAUUAACCAUGUCAGGAAGAGGCAAAACCGGCGGAAAAGCCCGCGCUAAGGCAAAGACUCGCUCCUCUCGCGCUGGACUCCAGUUCCCGGUCGGUCGUGUUCACAGGCUGCUGCGCAAAGGCAACUACGCUCAUCGUGUGGGUGCCGGCGCCCCCGUCUACCUGGCCGCUGUGCUCGAGUACCUGACCGCUGAGAUCCUGGAGCUGGCUGGAAACGCCGCCCGCGACAACAAGAAGACCCGUAUCAUCCCCCGCCACCUGCAGCUGGCCGUCCGCAACGACGAGGAGCUCAACAAACUCCUGGGCGGAGUGACCAUCGCUCAGGGCGGCGUGCUGCCCAACAUCCAGGCUGUUCUUCUGCCCAAGAAGACCGAGAAGGCCGCUAAGUCCAAGUAAACCACAACAACUCCACAAACAAACAAACAAACCAAAGGCUCUUUUAAGAGCCACACACUCACUCUACUGAAGAGCUGCUCCUCGUGUGUCUCAUCAUCCUGUAAAUAUAAACUUGACAAAAUGUUAAUGCAUAUAAACAAUAUCUGUCUCAGCUUCAUGAAAACAAGUAAUGUCAACAAGCAACUAAAACCCUGAGUCAUAUCUCACUUCUUUGCAAUGCAAUGUAAAACAAGGGCUGUCAAACGAUUAUUUUUUUCCAGUUUCCUCGCGAUUAAUCUCUAUAUUAAAAUACAGAGUUAGAAUCAAAUAAACA